AAGCAGCUGGAUUUGGGAGCCUUGGAGCCUCCAGUCCCUAGGAGCUACCCUAUCUAGCACCAUGAGGAUGCUCCUUGAUGAGAUCAGAGUGCCUGAGUGAGCCGAUCUCUGGGGAAGCCUGACUCUUGCUACCAGGCAACAGAACCAGGCCUAACGCACGUCCCAGUUACCACGUGGGAAGCAGAGCCCGCAGUCGCGAGUUUGAGUCCCGUCACUGCUUGUGUGUGGUUUGGCUGAUUGUGCCCAUCCUCCCUGCUGAUUUGUGUGUAAAUGGGGCUUCCAUUGUUUUGAUUCCAUAACGCUUCAUUUACACUGGAGCCAUGUAGAGAGCUGCCUUCCCUUCUGUCUGGGAGAAAACCUGUUUCUUCCUUUGUUUGGUCACAGACUUUAAAGCAUAAUAUCAGUGAAUAUCCAUGACUCCUCAUAGAGUGCUGACACAUUUCACAAUGAUAUUGAUCACCAGCGUGUCAAUUCUGCACUGGACUCCUGACUAUCUUUCAAUACCUGAAUUCUCUGGUCUUGCAUAUUAUCCAACCCGCUCCCACCUAUCCCUGGCUUAUCUAGCUGUGCAACAGCUGUGUCUGACUUUAUCUAGUUCUGCCAACAAACUUCGCAUGUGUUCAUUAUCCCUGGGCUUUGAGCUGCAGCUCCAAACUUAGAGCGGUUUAAUAUUUCUCUAGCGUUAUCUCAAGCGAUACAGCAAACUGAUAUAAACCCUCAGUGCUGCUCCGGUGUCAGGUAGGUUGCAGCCCAUCCAAGAUGAAAGGCAUUCUUGCGCUGGUCUGCUUCCUGCCCUGUUUAACAUCUGGGGCCCACCUCUCCUUUCCAGGGGAAGGUGAGCAGCGGGAGGUCCCCUCAUUCUACUCUGUCUCCGACAGUGAGAUCAAGAGCAUCUCUGAGACGCUGUACUCUGCCGACGUGAACAGGGCCACCAGCAGCGAGAUCAUCCUCAACCUGCAGCACAAGAUCUCCUCUGACCAGACCAGUGCAGGCCAAGACUACGCCAAGCAGAAGCUCUUCAGCUACGUGGACGAGGAUGCCCUCUUCUCCAAGCCCACCUUUGCCAGGCUCUUGGCGCUGCUGAAUAACUACGAACGCAUGACGGGCAAGGAGGAGGUGGUGACCGCCUCCGAGAGACAGGAGGUGGACGCUUUCCUGGAUGAAAUCUUCAAGACCCGGGUGAUGGAGAAGCUGAGCCAGUUCUUUGUUUCUACAGGUAUCUAUUUGUCGGAGAAUGACUUCAAGGCAGACCUGAAGGAGAUGUGGUUCGGGCUCUACUCACGCUCGAAGGGAGCGGCCAUGGACUCCUCUGGCUUCGAACACGUCUUCCACGGGGAAAUCAAGAGCGGGAAAAUCUCAGGCUUUCACAACUGGGUCCAUUACUACGAGCUGGAGAAGAACGGAGAGAUCAAUUACCUGAGCUAUAGCUACAAUGGGCCUUGGACCGGCUACCCUGACAUCAUGGCUUUCCAGUACAGCUGGACGGGUUAUCUGAAGAGCGUCGGCUCCUUCUUCAUCGGCUCCAGCCCCGAGUUUGAACUGGCCGUGUACACACUGUGCUACAAAACCAGGCCCAACAAGCUGUGCACGCUCAGCCUCGGCGGGAAAUCGGCCCAGAUUCAGACCUACUCCUGGGCCAACUCGGAGUACGGAGCAGGCAAACGGUACCUCGCCUCCUCGUACCCCAACUCCCCCUGAGCCCGCCCCCCUCCA